AUGACGCGCGCGGAUGCGUUCGCGGGAAUGUCGGACAAGCUGGAUAAGGCGUGGGCGCGCUUGCAGGGCGAGAAGGAUUUGAACGCGGAUAACGUCAAGGCGCCGCUUAAGGAUGUGCGACGCGCGCUUUUAGAGGCUGAUGUGUCGCUGCCCGUGGUGCGGCGGUUCAUCGCGCGGUGCGAGGAGAAGGCGGUGGGAAUGAAGGUGACGAAGGGCGUGGAACCGGGGCAAAUGUUGGUCAAGUGCGUGGCGGAUGAGCUUUGCGAGCUCAUGGGUGGCGUCGGAGCGGAAGGGAUCAAGUUCAGGGACGAUGGAGAGCCUACGGUGGUUUUGAUGGCUGGUUUGCAAGGGGUCGGGAAGACGACGGCGUGUGGGAAGUUGUCGUUGGCGUUGCGCAAGCAAGGGAAGAGCGUGUUGCUCGUCGCGACGGACGUGUAUCGACCGGCGGCGAUCGAUCAGUUGAAAACGCUCGGGAAGCAAAUCGGCGUGCCCGUUUUCGAUAUGGGUGUCGAUGGCAACCCGCCGGAGAUCGCCGCGAGAGGCGUGCGCAAGGCGAAGGAUGAGGACAUAGACGUCGUCAUUGUGGACACGGCGGGUCGAUUGAACAUCGACGAAAAGCUCAUGGGUGAGCUCAAGGCGACGAAAGAGGCGACUUCGGCGGAUGAAACCUUGCUCGUCGUCGAUGCGAUGACUGGUCAAGAAGCGGCGACGCUCACGGCGUCGUUCAACGAAGCGGUUGAAAUCACCGGAGCCAUUCUCACUAAGAUGGAUGGCGACACACGAGGCGGCGCUGCGUUGAGCGUACGAGAAGUCUCGGGUAAGCCGAUCAAAUUCACGGGCGUGGGCGAAAAGAUGGACGCCCUCGAGCCGUUUUACCCUGAGCGCAUGACUAGCCGCAUCUUGGGCAUGGGUGACAUCGUCAGUCUCGUCGAAAAAGUGCAGGCGGGCGUGAAGGAGGAAGAGGCGGAGAAAAUCAAGCAGAAGAUUAUGAGCGCGACGUUUGAUUUCAACGACUUUGUUGGCCAGCUUGAGAUGAUGAACAACAUGGGUGGGAUGAAGCAAAUCAUGCAAAUGAUGCCGGGCACCGCCAAGCUGAGCGAGGCCGACAUGGAAGCGGCGGGGAAGAGCAUGACCAUCGCGAAGAGCUUGAUCAACUCGAUGACCAAGGAGGAACGACAGUACCCAGACAUGCUCGUCGCCAGCACGACUGCGGAUUCCCGCCGUCAACGCAUAGUCAAAGGUAGCGGCCGCACCGAAGCGGACUUAGCACAACUCAUCAUGAUGUUUGGAGGUAUGCGUACCCAAAUGCAAAAAAUGAGCGGGCAACUCGGCGGCCAAGCCGGCGACGUGGGCUUGCAGCCUCAGCUUUCUGAAGCCGAGCUCAGCAAGCUCGCUAUGAACAAGAUCCGCAAGACAGUCAAACCGGGCAUGGUGCGACGGCAGAAGGCUAAGAAAGUGCCUAAAUUUUUAGCGGAGCGCGAAUCAUUCUCACAGUGA